CACGCUCUCUCUCUCUCUCAACGAACGUGUUCUCGAAUCUUUGUCAUGUUUUGUCAAAACCCUCAUAUUAACGCUCCAUUUGGUCAUUCUCCUGAACCCAAUACAGCUCUGGUUAAAAAUGGCUAUAGCAGCUUCAAAGGUCCUCAUUUUAUUCUUCCUGCAGUCUAUUUUCCUUGUCCCCUGUUCUGAAGCAUCCUGGUUCAAGUAUAUUCAGCGUAAAAAGCUAACAAGAGAACAGAUAUUUUACUAUGAAGCAAUUCAACAUGAUGUAGUUUAUCCAUCAACCCCGGUUGCUGUCCCUACGUAUAAUUCAGCACUAGAAAUUAUCACCGUCCCCUCUACAAACCCUGUCACUGUAAAUCCAUCUCCAUAUUCGACUCCCUUAACAGUCCCCUCAACCACCCCAGUGCCUGUACCUAAUACUAAUCCACCACCAGCACCAUUAACCAAUCCAGUUACAGCCCCGAGUACAAACCCAGGGGGCCAACCAGUGAGCAACCCGGUACCAACUUAUCCUAGCCCAACAGGAGGUGUUCCUGUGACAAACCCAGUGACGCCUCCUGCAGCGACAAAUCCUCCUGCAACUACGGGGAAGGGUUGGUGUGUGGCAAAGACUGGUGCACAACAGAGUGCACUUCAAGCAGCACUUGAUUAUGCUUGUGGGAUUGGAAAAGCAGAUUGUUCGGCCAUUCAGCAGGGUGCAAGCUGUUAUAAUCCUAAUACUUUGCAAAACCAUGCUUCGUAUGCCUUCAACAACUAUUAUCAAAAGAAUCCUGUGCAAACCAGCUGUGACUUUGGUGGGACUGCUGCGAUAACCAAUGUGAAUCCGAGCGUGGGAUCUUGCAUUUUCCCAACAUCUUCCUCCUCUUCGUCCCCACCAACAACAACAUCUCCAGUCUCAACAACUCCACCGCCGACGACAACAUCUCCAGUCUCAGCAACUCCACCGCCAAGACCAUCAUCUCCAGUCUCUGGAACUCCAACACCACCAUCUCCAUCUGGAACACCACCUGGCACAAAUACUCCUCCAACAGUCUUUAACUCCAGCAGUCCUCCAACUUUAGGAGGAUUCCCAACAGGUAUUGGAGAUAGCCCUCCUCCCGUUUUUGACGCCUCAACAUCUACGUCAAGUUCUUUGCAGCCUUUUAUUGGCUGCAUUACUGCAGUGGCAUUUGUAAUCAUCGGAAAACUUGUUUUGGAUGAUCAAGAUUUAGCGAUCUGCAUACAUUAAUGGGUCAGAAGCUCAUUGCUCAACAAACAUAUCAGUUUUGGGCUAUUCACACUGUUCUUUGCGGUGAAGAAUUCCAGAGUUUGUAGAGCUCACAGUUGUAGUUUGCUCGAGUUUCAUCCCAUUAACACUAGUUGCAUUUCUACACGCAUUCCUACUAGUAGUUCAUUAUUUAUGUAGAGAAGGCAUUCUAUUAAUCUUGUUGAGGUAGACCGGUGGCGUUUCCUUAUGUGUAGAAAAGUUAAAUUUGAUUAAAUAGAGAUGAAUGAAUAGCCCAGAAAUAAUAUAUAUCGUUCUUUCAUUUCA